AAACAUCCGCCCUGUCUGCAUCAGCAUCAGCCGGUGCAGCUGGGACGAAAGGCACCUGAUGUGGGCUUCUCCUCGUAUCUAAAAUGGACAGUUUGCAGGCAGGAGAUCCGCGGUAUCUGAAAAGGAGAGUGAAGGGCUGCACCCUCGAUGUCCACCCGACUGAGAAAGCCCUCGUGGUUCAGUAUGAGGUGGAGGCGACGAUCCUGGGGGAGCUCGGGGGCCCGAUGGUUGGAGAACGCAAAGAGUGUCAGAAAUUGAUUCGCCUGAAAAGCUUGAACGCCCACACAGAUACGUCCUCUCUGGCCCGGAAGGUUGUGGAGGAAUGUCGUCUGAUUCACCCGUCGAAACUCCGCGAGGUGGAGCAGCUGCUCUUCUAUCUGCAAACCCGCAAACAGUCAAACGACAACCAGGAGAAGAAACGCAUCUCACCUCGAGACUUCACACCUUAUGCAGGAGUGGAGUUGGACGAAGAGGCGAGCAUCAACAGCAUCGAUGAGUACGUGGAGCUGCUUUAUGAAGGCGUCCAGGAGAAGAUCAGAGGAGCUACACUCAUCUUCCAGCUGGCUCGUAACCCUGACAACCUGGAGGAACUCUUACAGAACGAGACGGCCCUCGGAGCCCUGGCCAGAGUUUUGAGGGAGGACUGGAAGCAGAGUGCGGAUCUGGCAACAACCAUCACUUACGUCUUCUUCUGCUUCUCCAGUUUCUCCCAGUUCCAUGGCCUGGUCACACAUUUUAAGAUUGGGGCCCUGUGUAUGAACAUCAUCGAGCACGAGCUGAAGAGGCAUGACCUCUGGCAGGACGAGCUGCAGAAGAAGAAGAAGGCCUAUGAAGAAUCUUCUGAGAACCAAAAUCUGAAGAAAGAACACGAGAAGUCUUUCAGAAAGUACCGGAGUCUUCUGAACAAGCAGGAGCAGCUUCUCAGAGUCGCUCUGUGUCUGCUGCUGAACCUGGCCGAAGACACCCGCACCGAGCUGAAGAUGAGGAACAAAAACAUCGUCCACAUGCUGGUGAAGAUCCUGGACCGGGAGGACGAGGAGCUGCUGCUGGUGGUGGUCUCCUUCCUCAAGAAGCUCUCCAUCUUCCUGGAGAACAAGAACGACAUGGCUGAAGCGUUCGCCGUGGAGAAGCUGGCUCGGCUGCUUCGCCCCGAGCACGAGGAGCUCCGGAGCACCACCUUACGCCUCCUGCUCAACCUCUCCUUCGACACGUCGCUGCGCGGCCAGAUGGUCCAGACGGGACUCGUUCCCAGACUCUCCUCGCUGCUCGCUGACGAGGGCCAGAGACAGCUCAGCAUGUGCAUUCUGUACCACAUCAGCAUGGACGACAGAUUCAAGUCCAUGUUUGCCGACACAGACUGCAUACCGCAGCUCAUGAAGAUGGUGUUCGACUGUGGGGAGGACAAGAUGGAUGUUGAGCUCAUCUCACUCUGCAUCAACCUGGCUGCUAACAAGAGUAACGCUCAGGUGAUCUGUGAAGGUAACGGUCUGAAGAUGCUGAUGAAGCGCGCUGUGAAGCUAAAGGAUGUGUUGGUGAUGAAGAUGAUCAGAAACCUUUCUCAGCACAACGGGCCCACCAAAAGCCUCUUUCUGGAUCACGUUGGUGACCUGGCGGCUCAGAUCAGCGAGGACGAGGCUGAGGAGUUUGUGAUCGAGUGUCUGGGCACGCUGGCCAAUCUGACCAUCCCCGACCUGGACUGGGCGCUGGUCCUCAAGGAGUACAACCUGGUGCCCUUCCUGAAAGACAGACUCAAACCAGGUUCUGCUGAGGAUGACCUCAUCCUGGAGGUGGUGAUCAUGAUUGGCACGGUGUCCGUGGAUGACUCUUGUGCAGCCACGCUGGCCAAGUCCGCCAUCGUUCCCGCUCUCAUUGAGCUGCUCAAUGCCCAACAGGAGGACGAUGAGUUUGUGUGUCAGAUCGUCUACGUCUUUUAUCAGAUGGUCUUUCACAAAGCCACCAGAGACGUCAUCAUCAAGGACACGCAAGCCCCUGCUUACCUGAUCGACCUGAUGCAUGAUAACAACGCAGAAAUCCGCAAAGUCUGCGACAACACGCUGGAUAUCAUCGCUGAAUAUGACGAGGAGUGGGGGAAGAAGAUCCAGACCGAGAAGUUCCGCUGGUACAACGGUCAGUGGCUGGAGAUGGUGGAGAACCGUCAGAUGGAUGAAGCAGAGGAGCCCUUCCUGUACGGGGAGGACGGAGAGUCCUUCAUCGGGAACGGAGACAUCCUGGAGGGACCCGACCUGUUCUACAGCGCCGACGGGAUCAUCUCAGCAGACGGAGCCAUCAGCCCGGAGUUCUACACCGACUUCCUCAAUGGAGAGCUGGGACAGACUGGAUACCUGGGCAGUGCGUCAGAGCAGUUCGUCUCGGCCGAUCGACCCAUCAGCGCCUACGGCUUCCGCCCCGACGAACGGCUGUUCUACAACUACAGCACCGCCUCCCGGUAAACCUGCGGCACACUGACUCGCACGCACACCGUACAAACGCCGGUACCCGCCGAGCGCUGCGGCAGCUGCGUGUAGAGCAGCAACAUCGUCGACACGCGUCUGUUCUUCAUGCUUCUGUCGCUGUAAAGACUGAUCGUCUCUACACUCAGAUGUAUGUUUCUUGAUGUUGAAGCACCAAUAGUGAGUCAAGUUUUGUUUAAAUAUACUGACGCUCAUUCAGGGAAAGUUCCUGAAACAAGGGACUGUGAAGGGACCAAGUGGAAGAAUCUCACCCAAUGAAAGGUUGUUUUUAGAAUAUGGAGUCAGAACUUAAAUAUGAACCCUUUAAACGUGACAAACAUUUAUGUUGUCAGUCUUAGCUUUCAUUAUAGUUUAAUGUUGACUUUGUUCAAGAACACAAAGCUUGAUGUUUUCCUGUCUGAUGGUAAACUGGGCAGCUGCACUCUGAUUUAUCUGAAUGUGUCUUUGUCAUAAACUUUAGACAAAAGAAAGCAUCAAAAAAUGUUUUUAAUACUGUCAUCAAAUCUCAUGUUCAGACUUCCUCAGUGCUGUCUGACUUCCUGUCUGUGGCUCUCCGCUCCGAGCCCAUCGGUUCCUACUGAACAUGUAGCUCUUUCUCACUGAUGUGUUUUUAAUGGAGGUCUAUGGCUCAGAGGAAGAAGAGGUACACACAGUUACUGUUAGCAGAUACUUUCACUGCUGCUUCGAGUCUGAACAUGAGAUUUAAUCAGAAGAGGAAAACUAAACAACAUCACCACAUUUAUGCUCUAACAGAGAUCAUACCUGUCAGUGGUUCCCGACUUAUUUUGCUUGUGGCGCCUCAUCACAGGUCCAUUUUGAUCUGAGGGAUUUUUAGGAACUUGAAGAGAAGAAAGAGAAGCGUCUUAAAAGAAACAAUGAGAAAAAACACACUUUCUGUCUCGUUUUUAAUCAGUUUGGUCUCAGAGAGUGAGAAGUUUGGGAACCACUGAGGUAUGCAUUCUGCAACAAGUAGUUGCAUUAGAAUAAUUUGCACUUUAUGUUACUGCUCAGUGCUUUCUUAAUGGAUUUUUAGGAUGUUUGCUGUAAUAACUCUGUAAUUUGGUACAUAUUUAUAGGGAAAAUACUGUAUGUAGAAUGUUCAGUUGGUACAGAUUCAGAUUAACCAAUGCCUGUUAAUUUAACCCGCAGAGGCUUUUAUGUGUCUACAGGAACGCAUACAGUUCAACAUAGGAAUAAAAUACAGUGGCCAGUAAUAAGUGAAUAAUUAGUAAAUAUUUACUCGGGCUUAAAAGGAGCUUUUCUUUCAAGGAAGUUACUCUGGAAUGGUCUUUUACAGCAUUGUCUUCAGUUUCUCUAUAAUAAGUACCAAAUUAGGCCGUUCUUUCCAAGAAACUUGCUAAAAAUAAUGGACCAUAAAAUAAAGAGUGGCCAUUACUCUGUUGUUUUGCCUUUGCACACUCACUGUCUCUCACUGGAAGCCCUGCAGUCGACUGUAGAAAAUCUGGGCGCUGGAUUAAGAUGUCAUUUAUCUUUAUUUCUCUGAAUGUAAUUUAAGAGGAAAUAUUAACAGCCUUUAUUGUCUUAUCUUGAAAAAUGUGUUUUAAAUAUGAACAAAUGCUCAUAAGAAUCUCCUGCGUUCUCGUCCUCGAUGUGCCUGGAGCGCCGCUCGCCUGCUGAAAUAUGAGAUACUUCUUCUGUGGUGCAAUAUAUCAAAUAAAUGGAAGGAAUAUUAUUGUAGUCAAACUGUAUUUGGUAUCUAAUCUGUCACAGAUGUUGGAUCACUUGCAGGUUUUUUGAUAUUUCUCACUGCGGUGUGUCUGUUAUUGGUUAAAAAAAAUGUUGUGGACCAUAAAUAAAUAAUGAAAGCAUCAUGCUGUAUUUGUUUUACUGGCAAAUAAAACCAUUUAUUGUUUGUGUUGUUUUCCCAACAUUGAA